GAARGGGCCAGGCGGACGUGACGGUGGCCACGUCGGGGGGCCGCUACGACGUGCACCUGCAGCAGAGGCAGCGCGUGGCCGUGUACUGGGAGGAGGAGGCGUCCCAAGUGCGCCGCUGCACCUGGUUUUACAAGGGAGACAAGGACAACAAGUAUAUUCCCUACUCGGAGACCUUCAGCGAGCAACUGGAGGAAGCCUAUAUGCUUGCUGUCACCCUGGACGAGUGGAAGAAGAAACUGGAAUCCCCCAGCAGGGAAAUCAUCAUUUUGCACAACCCAAAGCUCAUGGUGCACUACCACCCGGUUGCUGCCUCCGACGACUGGGGUUCGGCCCCCAUGGAACAGGGGCGGCCUCGGACUGUGAAGAGGGGAGUGGAGAACAUUGCGGCCGAGAUCCCGCCCGGGGAGCCCCUGCAGAUCGACCACCUGGUUUUCGUCGUCCACGGCAUCGGGCCGGCGUGCGACAUUCGCUUCCGCAGCAUCGUCCAGUGCGUGAACGACUUCAGGAACGUCUCCUUGAACAUGCUGCAGGCGCAUUUCAGGAAGGCGCAGGAGCAGCAGCAGAUCGGCCGGGUCGAGUUCCUGCCUGUGAACUGGCACAGCUCCCUGCACUCCACCGGCGUGGACGUCGACCUGGAGCGCAUCACUCUGCCGAGCAUCAACCGCCUGCGCCACUUCAUCAACGACACCAUCCUGGACGUCUUCUUCUACAACAGCUCCACCUAUUGCCAGACCAUCGUGGACACGGUGGCCUCCGAAAUGAACCGCCUCUACCAGCUCUUCCUGAGCAGGAACCCCGGCUUCAAAGGAGGCGUUUCCAUUGCAGGUCACAGUUUGGGCUCCCUCAUCUUGUUUGACCUCCUGACUAACCAGAAAGUUGCCCCUGAGGAUGACGAGCGUGGCAAAGAGGGUUCCACGACCACUUCAAGCACCAGAGGGGUUGAGCAAGUCAAAGAAAUCCUGAGGACGUUAGAGCUCUCUGAGUACAGCGAUGUGUUUGAGAAGGAGAAAAUGGACAGGCAGACRCUGUUCUUGUGUACGGAGCAAAAUCUCAAAGAAAUGGGAAUUCCCUUGGGACCAAGGAUGAAGCUCCUUCAUUACAUCAGCUCCAAAAGGGARACGCAGGACGUCAAGGAGCAGAAGGCAACGGCUGCUGGGCACGGUGGGGAGAGCAGAGCGGAGGCCGGACCCUCCGCAGGCAGCGCGAGCGAUGGGAGGAACUGCCAGUACCGGGAUGUUGCCCUGGGGCAGGUCUCGGCAAACUACCCCCAGCUCAUCUACAAGCCGACCAUCUUCUUUGCUUUCGGGUCUCCCAUCGGGAUGUUUCUCACCGUGCGAGGAGUGAAGCGGAUCAACCCCAACUACAGCCUGCCCACCUGCAAAGGCUUCUUCAACAUCUUCCACCCCUUUGACCCCGUGGCGUACAGGAUCGAGCCCAUGAUCGUCCCAGACGUGGAGUUCGAGCCCAUGCUGCUUCCGCACCACAAGGGCAGGAAGCGGAUGCACCUAGAGCUGAAGGAAGGGCUGACGCGCAUGAGCGUGGACCUCAAGAACAACCUGCUGGGCUCGCUGCGCGUGGCCUGGCAGUCCUUCACGCGCGCCCCGCUGCCCGCCGUGGAGGCCGCCGAGGCCGAAGGGGAGACGAGCGCGGAGGCGCAGACGGAAACGAAGGCGGAGGAGCCUCCGGAGCCGGCGAAGGAAGAGSCCUCGGCCAUCAACGUGGGCAUGCUCAACGGAGGCCAGCGCAUCGACUACGUGCUGCAGGAGAAGCCAAUAGAGAGCUUUAAUGAGUAUCUGUUUGCACUUCAAGGCCACCUCUGCUACUGGGAGUCAGAGGACACCGUUUUGUUGGUUCUUAAGGAGAUCUACCAGACACAAGGCAUCACCCUGGACCAGCCUUUGCCAGGAGGCCAGUGACCCACGCGUGCUCUCCUGGCACUCCGAUCUCCAAACCACCUCAGCACUCACCAGGAAAGUCCAGAUUUCUUCUCUGCCUUCCUCUCUCCUCUGCUGCUGUGUCCUGCAUGCUGCUUCCCAAGUACCUGCUGCUACCUGGAGACAGGGGUGAUUUUCUUCCAAUUUGGGUAGAAAAAACAAUCAUAGGAAAAAGCACUUCUUCAAAAACACACCCAGUACUUGCACCGUGACUCCCUGUGGCAACACGUACUCUUAACCCUCUACCCUACAACUCGUGUGAGCACCUUGUAAGUUAUCACACCAGUAGGAGCACAGACUAGAUGUCUAGGCUAGGAUGCGAUGUACRAGGGCCUGAAAUCUGCUCCCAGCUUGUAGCUUGCAACCUUUGAGAAGAAACCAACGCCUUAAACACGCAGUUUUGAGGGAGCUAUAGCAGCCUGGCUGAGCUGGGAGGGCUGCUGCUUUCUCUCAGGAGAAGGAUGGGACAUUGUCCCUCUCCCUCCUGCAGCAGAGAGGCUGCUGUGGUCUUUGCACAGUGAAGAAGGUGCUCCAAGGAAGCCUACCCCAUAAAAACCACUCGUGAGAAGCAUAUUUGUGGAUACUUGAGCCAGGCUUUGCUGGCUGCUGCAGAGCWUGAGCGUUGGCUGCUCAGCAUCAUCGUCUUGCCUAACUGCUCCUGGAGUUCUAGUGCUCAGGCAGGAUUGAGAUGGAGAGGUGGUGGCUGUGGGAGAGGUUAUUGAUGAGGGAACUUCCCCCUUGGCUGCUCUGUGCCCCACGGAACAUCUGCUUCCUUCCUCAUGCCCACAGAUGAAGCCACAGGUCUCAACGCCUACAACUUGGGGAACCUACUGCUAGGAAAGAUCCUUCCCACGAAAUCUGUACCCACAGUGGGGGAAGCAGCUGGUCCUCAGCAGCAUCCAAGGCCUCCCGCGAGCUUGGAGCAAAGCUCCCGUUCUGCUGCCRUGGGGCUUUCAAGGUGGCCGUGGGGCCAGCCGGGCUGCAGCACGACUCCACUUGUCGUUUCUGUUGUUAAAUAGAUGAAAUGCAGCUAGCGAAAGCCGAGCCGGGUCACGCGGGGUUUGGACACCACAUCCUAAUGACUCCGCUGAGGGAAUUAAAACCAGUUUUGCAGAGUUAGGGCUGCAGCUCGGUGACGCGCGCCUGCUCUAACCGGGGACGGAGCCUCAGACCAUCUGUCCCCGGGGACCACAAGCAUCCAGGCUGACUCACGGGCYGGGCUGACGCUUGAACCUCCACACAGAUGUUUCAACGAGGCGCAAGGUCAUCGCUCCGACGUGGCUGGAAACAGCCAAACCACUUCCCUUCCUACUGACUUUUGCCCUGGGUGGCUCGACAAGCCUUGUUUUUUCCCCCCACCCUACCUUCGGUUUGUUUGUCCUCCGUUGUACUUCAUUGUUUGCACUAUUUAAAAGCUCUUGUUUGCAAUCCACAACCUUCCUCCCACCCGGCGACACCUGAAGCUGCUCUUACCUGACUGCAGACCAGACCUGCUGCUCGGUCCCAGCCCGAAUGAAGCAUCUCCUACAAGGGUAUCAAAAGAAACAAGUCUUAACAGGAGGGGUGCUGUCAUGAUCAGCUGGUUAAGUUAUGCACUUUGUUAAAAAAAAGAAAAAAAAAGAAAAAAAACCCAAACAUUUUAAAURUUAUUUAACGUCUUUUCCAGUAAAAGCCAAAACAAACCAACAACAGACGGCUGUUUGGUGUGUGCAUGUCUGGGAGGGUUUAAAAACUUACAUUUUCAUAGUUUCAUGAGAAAGUAAAGCUAUUUCUGUAGUUACUACCGAAGUAAAAUGCGGGGUCCUGAAAGGCUUAUGGGAGCSAAGCUGAGGAUGAGGGGGUGUUCUCAUUUCUGUCC